AUGAACAGCAAAGCAGCUCAAGACCGACAACAGCGCAUCCUGCUCGACCUCGUCCGUCAGCCGGGCAACGAUGUCUGCGCGGACUGCAAGGGCCGCGCACCCAGAUGGGCCUCGUGGAAUCUUGGCAUCUUCAUCUGUGUCCAAUGCGCUGGCGUGCAUCGCAAGAUGGGUGUGCACAUCUCCAAGGUCAAGUCCAUCACGCUCGACACCUGGACGCGCGAACAGGUGGAUAGGAUGAAGGAGAUGGGCAAUAUCAAAAGCAAUCGCAAGUAUAACCCGGACGAGAUGCGAAACCGUCCGCCGACCAACAUGGAAGAAAGCGAGAGAGACAGCGAGCUCGAAAAGUACAUCCGCAGAAAGUACGAGUUUCGCAGAUUCAUGGAAGGCCGUCCACCGCCGGUUCCAUCCAAAGAUGUCACUUUCCUCACCUCGCCUCCACCGUCCAGCGGGCGCGCUGGUGCACCCAGGUCGCCCGUCGACUCGACGCCCUUCUCCGACUCAACCUCUCGGCUCACAGACGCCAGCAGCAUUGCGCGAUCUCGCACAGCACCCAUCCCGUCUACCUGGAGUGAGGCGCAACAACGAGCCAAAGCCAACGCUCCUCCUCUUCCCAGCGCAGCAGCAUCUGCUUUUCGUGCGGCAAGCGGUUCGUAUGUCAACGGCGCAGCAGCAUCAACUUCAUCAACAACGGCAUCAGCCCAGCCGUCGUUGCAGCUUCCCAGCACCGCUGUUCCUUUGCGCACUUCGAGCGCACUUAAUGCCAGGAAUGGAAGCUCUGUAGCUUCAGCAUCCAAGCCUUCUACCUCGACAGCGCAGUCGAGUGUGUUUGACGACCUCAUCUCGCUCUCUGAGCCAAGCGCGCAAACGACAGCCCAGCAGCCACCUCUGCAGAUGAAUCCGUGGGCCUCGAUACAGGCGCAGCAGCAAGCGGUCCUCAGUGCCCCUGCCAUCCAGGAGCCGAACGGGAACUUUUGGGCCGGGCAGACCGGCUCCAGUGGCGCUGCUUCACCAAUGAGUCCAUUUGGGGUCAGCCCUUCGAACCAUGCCAGCGCGAUGACCCAGAUGCGCAACGCGCCGCAGCAUGCCAACACGGCGCCUUCACUUGGCGUCGCUUCGCCACAAGCGCAAAUCAACGCGCAGGCGACAGGAAUGCUGAGCCCAACCAAUGGUAUGAUGUACCCGCAAUAUCAGCAGCAGCGGAGUGCCAGUCUCGGCACCAUGGCGUUCUCGACAUCUCCAUUAGCAUCGCCAGGCUUCGUUCAAGGCAACCCUUUCAGUGGUGCGCAGUCAGGAUUUGCAACGUCGAUGCCGCAAACAGCCAAUUUUACAGGAGUCAAUGGCCAGUUCCAGCAACAGCAGCAGCUGGGCCAAGCCGCUUUUCAGACGCAGUCGACCAUGCUCAGCCCGAGUCAUGCUUUCUACGGUCAACAACAACAACAACAACAACAGCAGCAGCAGCAGCAACAGCAGCAGCAGCAGGCUGCAAUGCAAAUGCAGGCUGCGGGCAACGGUGUAGGCCACUUUCAGUCGUCCAUGAUGCCAAACGGCUUCGGUCAACCAGGACAGUAUAGCAGCGCGUUCAUGCAACAGCAGCAACCGCAGCAGCAGCAGCAGCAAAAUCAUACCCAGCAAGGAUCGCCAUUUGGCAACAUGUGGUAA